AUGAACGACCUGACCCUCGAGCUGGGCAGGAGGACACAAGCGGCCUGGAGAGCUAGAGAGUAUUACAUCGAAGAUGUAGUGAAGAAGACCAGGAACACCCGGCACCGUGCUCACCUCUUCAACACCACCGUACUUCCUGCUUUGACCUAUGCUUCGGAAACCUGGGCAUUUCGCAAGCAGGAAGAAAACGUGGUGAGCGUCAUUGAACGUGCAAUUGAGAGAGUGAUGCUAGGAGCAUCCCGUUUCAAGCAAUUGAGCGACGGGAUUCGAAGUUCUCUCCUACGUCAGCGAUCGAAGAUUAGAGACGCCGCCGCGUUUCCCAAGGAAAGUAAAAUGAGGUUCUCCGGACGUGAUGCGCUUCAACGACAACCGUUGGACCAGAGCCGUGAGCGACUGGGUUCCCCGCGAUAUCAAGCGCACAACAGGAAGACCGCCAAACCGAUGGUCAGAUUUCUUCACGAAGUCCUUCAAAGAAAAAUAUGA